CAAUGAGCACGGGAAUCGGGCCGUCCAAUGAGCGCGGGAAUCGGGCGGAAGUGGGAGCGGGGUUAAGGAGCAGCUUCCGGUCAGCGCGGCGGAAGUGGCGGCUGCUUGGGCCAUGGGGCGCCGCAAGUCCAAGCGGAAGCCGCCCCCUAAGAAGAAAGUGACCGGCACGCUGGAGACCCAGUUCACCUGUCCGUUCUGCAACCACGAGAAAUCCUGCGACGUGAAGAUGGACCGUGCCCGCAAUACGGGCGUUAUUUCGUGCACCGUUUGCCUGGAGGAGUUCCAGACGCCCAUCACUUGUAUCCUUCACACCGACCCCCUC